CACCAUGUGGCUCAAAGUGAUCAUCAUCUCUGCGCUCUCGGUAGCAGCUGCGACUUGCUUCAGUCAGCUCCGGAUCAUCAACGGCCAACAGGCCUCUCCCGGCCAGUUUCCGUACCAGGCGCGCCUAAGCAUGAUGUUCAAGCCAGAAGUUCCGCCGCAUCCCAGCUCCUGCGGUGGAAGCCUCAUAAGUGAUCGCUGGAUCCUAACGGCAGCCCACUGCCUGGAGGGCGCUGAAUCUGCGCUGGUGCAUUUGGGCACCAUCGAGUUCAACUGUUCGCGGUGUUUGAUCUGUUUGAGCAGUGAGUUUGUGGUGCACGAAAAUUUCCAAACAAUCGAUGGCAAAACGACAAACGACGUUGGGUUGGUGAAGCUUCCCUACGUGUUGGAGUUCAACUAUUAUGUGCAACCGAUUGCGUUGGCAAGAACCGAUGAAGACUUUUUGAACCAGGGGGUUGUCGUGAGCGGUUGGGGCAAGACGACUGAUGGACCGCUGGAGUAUUCGCCGUUUUUGCAGUACGUUCGUAUGAAUGUGAUCAGUAAUAAGCUGUGUGUGAAGACUUACUUCGAGGAGGUCAUCAUACAUUCGACGAUCUGUGCCAUUGGAAAGGAUGGACGAUCGGGGUGUCAAGGUGAUUCCGGAGGUCCGUUGGUGGUUUCAGGACAGAAUCCGCUGCUGGUUGGUGUGGUCAAUUUUGGAAGUAAACAUGGUUGCGCUGUAGGGUUUCCAAGUGUGUUUGCACGUGUUUCUGAAUUUGUGGAUUGGAUUGAGGAUAAAACAGGAAGUUUGAACUAAAGAGAUAAUAAAAAAUUGAAGAUACGAUACAGACAAAA